AGUGUAGAACUUUUUUUCUUGCAUACCCAGGCACAUUAUCUGGAAAAUGUGAAAAUGCAUUGGCUACAUUUUGCGUUUUUGUAAAAUUACAAAACAUGAAAUAAAGCCUUGGAAAAAUGGCUCUACAAAAGAUGUAAGUUCAAUUUUAUUUUUUUGUAUGAAGUGAUUGUUAAGGAUCUUAAUGUAGCUGCAUUUGUAUGUCUCCACUGUAAAUACUUGACUAACAAUUCAGCCUGUAAGUGACUCUAGGGUAAAGUUUAGUAUAAGAGCAUUUUUUGUGAUCAUUGGUGCUCUUGUAAGUAAUUCUAAUUUGCUGAUGUUUAUUUCCGAUGUUUAAUCAAAACAAGAGUCUGUUUUUAUGUUACUUUUAAAAAUUUUGUAGCAUCUAAUCUUCACAAUAGCUUCACAAGGUGUCUCAUGAUUUUUAAGAGCUUUUGUUUUUUGUGUAGUAUUCCUCAUUUUUCCUGCUUCCAAAGCCUACUGUGUAUCAGUGGGUUUCAUUUUCACGUGCUUGUCUUCCUUUGCUCUGCUGGGCAUGUAUUGCUCCAGGUACAGGACAAGUGGAGGCUUUGCCUUAUCCAAAUGUGUUACUGGGUUUUGUUGAUCAAAAUACUGUCCUGAUAACAGCCCAUCUAGAAUGUUUGACAACAUGAUUUAAUUUUUGAAGAGACUCCCUAAGAUAGCAAAGGGAGUCAGGAACAGUUCAAACUGCAAAAUGGAGAAGAAACCCCCAAACUUCACUGACAACAUUAAUGCUUAUGCCUAGAAAGUAUAAAAAUGGUAAAAAAUUGUUUUCCAAUAGAAUUUAUGCUCUUGAAGCCAUGAGCUUUCUCUGAAAAUCUCUUUCCCCUUCUGACCUUGGUUAUUUUCUCAACAAUUGAGUGGUUUCAAAGGAGACCUGUGUUCUUACAGAAUUAUAUAUGUAUCUGUGUGUAAAAGUAAAUACACUGUAACUUUACAGCUUCCAUAAUAUGGAAGAAUUAACCUGGAAUAAAACCACUUUGAUACAGAAUCAUGGGGGGGGUGGGAAUUGGACACAUUUGCAGCAUGACAGCAGAAGUCAGUGUAGCCCUUUGGAUUUCUUUCAGCUGUGUUUUUGAUAAUCUUGUUUUGCUUCUCACAGAGCCCUAAUCUUGCAAGGCUAGAACUUUAAUGCAGAGCAGCUGGAAGUAGUUAAAUAUUGGAGCCACUGCUGAUUUGGUUGCAUCCUCCAACAUGACCAAUCCUCAGCCUGCAAUUGAAGGUGGUGUUUCAGAAGUUGAGAUAAUUUCCCAACAAGUGGAAGAAGAGACCAAAAGCAUUGCUCCUGUGCAGCUUGUUAAUUUUGCUUAUCGAGAUCUGCCUUUAGCUGCACUUGAUCUGUCUGUGGCUGGGUCCCAGCUUUUGUCAAAUUUGGAUGAGGAGUACCAAAGAGAAGGAUCUAACUGGCUAAAACCGUGCUGUGGGAGACGAGCAGCUGUGUGGCAGGUAUUUUUGCUCAGUGCAAGUCUCAACAGUUUCCUGGUAGCCUGUGUAGUAUUGGUGGUGAUUCUUCUGACUCUGGAACUCCUAAUAGAUAUAAAGCUUCUCCAGUUUUCAAGUGCUUCCCAGUUUGCAGGAGUAAUUCACUGGAUCAGCCUAGUCAUCCUCUCUGUUUUCUUUUCAGAGACUGUUUUGAGGAUUGUGGUCCUUGGCAUAUGGGAUUACAUUGAAAACAAAAUAGAGGUGUUUGAUGGUGCUAUCAUCAUCUUGUCCUUGGCACCAAUGGUGGCCUCAACAGUGGCCAAUGGCCCCAGCAGCCCCUGGGAUGCCAUCAGCCUUAUCAUCACACUGAGGAUAUGGAGAGUGAAGAGGAUCAUUGAUGCAUACGUCCUUCCAGUGAAAGUGGAGAUGGAGAUGAUGAUUCAGCAAUAUGAGAAGGCAAAAGUUAUUCAAGAUGAGCAGCUGGAAAGACUAACCCAGAUCUGCCAAGAACAAGGGUUUGAAAUCAGGCAGCUGAGGGCCCACCUUGCUCAGCAGGAUUUGGAUCUGGCUGCAGAGAGAGAGGCUGCACUGCAGGUCCCUCACGUGCUCAACAAACAGAGCAGCAAGAGGUACAAGGUGGUGGCCACCGAAGACUCGGACGACGAAGCCACCGAGAGCAUCACUGAGCUGCGCCCUGCACGAGAGGAUGACAUGAACAAUUACAUCAGUCGCUACUACAACGAGCCCAGCAGUGACAGCGGAGUCCCCGAGGCCGCCAUCUGCGUGGUGACCACGGCCGCCAUCGACGUGCACCGGCCCAACAUCUCCUCGGAGUUGUUCACGGUGGAGGUGCCGCUGCGCCUGGGCAGCACCGGGACCUCUGCCAGCCUCACGUCGGGCAGCGCCUCGCGCUCCACCGUCAGCUCGGGCACGCGGGGCUGCAGCGAGAGCAGCCAGACGCUGGGCUCGUCCCCGGACUGCAGCACGGCCUGCGAGGAGCCGGCCCAGGCGGGUGCGGGCCCGCGGGCCGAGCUGGGGCCCGGCCGGCCGUGCGUGCCGCACAACGUGGUGCAGGAGCUGCUCUCGUCCCUGUCCGAAGAGGCCUGCUUGGCGCAGAAGGGGCUGGAUCCUGUCAACCUGAAGCUGCCCAGCCCGGCCGGCUCGGUGGGGGCCAGCCCCGACCUGGGUCACCGGCUCAGUGUCUACAACCGCAGGAACCAGGAGAGUCUUGAUGUCUUCCAGCUCAAGCCACUCCUCGACUGCCCCCAGGGUGCCCCAACGAUUGAGGAGAAGUAUGGGGCGCUGGGGCCCCCAGAGCCACGGCUGGGCAGGGUUCCUGAGGCAUAGGGCCAGCCUGGGGGAACGGGGACUCCUGUGGGGACGCGCUCACCACGCUGGCCCGCGAGGCUGCCACAGGCAAGGUGGCGGUGCCGGACAACCUGUGGCAUCUCCUGCAACGGCCACCAGCACAGAGGCCAGCAUCGCCUCUGCUCACCAGUGUCUGUGGCACGUGACCUACCUGCCCUGGCACCAGCUCUGGGCCAGCUGGGACCUGUGGUGGCUAUGUGGGACCAAGGGACCUUCCAGCAGUCAGGCCAGUAUGGACCCACAGUGCCUGGAGGGACAUGUGGACUGUGCCGAGAACUUCCACCAGUUCAGGGCCA